CACUACCAUACCACUUCCCUUUAUCCUUGGCUCUCUCCUGUUUUGCACGCAUAUACACAACUACCAUUCCUGCUGUUUCACAACCAUGUUACCAAGAAGUCGAACUCUUCCAAGCAGGAUUUACAAUGGAGUUGUGGAAGAGCGGCAAGACAUCAGGCACUACUUGCAGGUGGAAGUCCAGCCUAAACCCCAUGGAGAGAGUGAAGCAAUAAACCCUCAGGCCAACUAUUCCAAGUGUUUUGAUGAUGAUGGCCGCCUCAAAAGAACAGGAACUUUCUGGACCGCUUCAUCCCAUAUUAUCACUGCUGUCAUAGGCUCAGGGGUUCUUUCACUGGCAUGGGCAAUAGGGCAGCUUGGUUGGGUUGCAGGGCCUAUUGUAAUGAUCCUUUUCGCCUUUGUCAAUCUAUACUCUUCCAACCUCCUGGCCCAGUGUUACAGGUCAGGUGACCCUCUCACAGGACAAAGAAAUUACACUUACAUGGAAGCUGUCAAGGCUAACUUAGGAGGGAAGAAGGUCCUGGCAUGUGGGUGGAUUCAGUACUUGAACUUAUUUGGCACUGCAAUUGGGUACACAAUUGCAGCAUCAGUCAGCAUGAUGGCGAUAAAGAGAUCAAACUGUUUCCACAAAAGUGGGGGGAAAGAUCCUUGUCACAUGUCCAGCAAUGGAUACAUGAUCACCUUUGGAAUCAUAGAGAUCAUAUUUUCUCAAAUCCCAGACUUUGAUCAAGUUUGGUGGCUCUCCAUAGUUGCUGCUAUUAUGUCUUUCACGUACUCUAGUGUUGGUCUAGGCCUUGGCGUCGCCAAAGUUGCAGAAAAUGGGAGCUUCAAAGGAAGCUUGACAGGCAUAAGCAUAGGGACAGUAACUCAUGCAGGAGUAGUGACUUCAACACAGAAGUUGUGGAGGAGUUUGCAGGCACUUGGAGCUAUUGCCUUUGCUUAUUCUUUCUCACUCAUUCUCAUCGAAAUUCAGGAUACAAUAAAAUCUCCUCCUGCAGAGUACAAAACCAUGAGGAAGGCAACGGUGCUGAGCAUCGCUGUGACAACAGCAUUCUAUAUGCUGUGUGGAUGCUUUGGCUAUGCUGCCUUUGGAGAUCUAGCUCCGGGAAAUCUUCUCACUGGCUUUGGAUUCUAUGACCCCUACUGGCUGUUAGACAUAGCCAAUAUUGCAAUCAUCGUUCAUCUUGUCGGGGCAUAUCAGGUCUAUUGCCAGCCCUUAUUCGCAUUUGUGGAAAAAUGGAGUGCACAUAAGUGGCCGAAGAGCGACUUUGUGACUGAAGAAUACGACUUGCCAAUCCCUUGCUAUGGGGUGUACCAGCUCAACUUCUUCCGUUUAGUAUGGAGGACAAUUUUUGUUGUGUUGACAACCCUUAUAGCUAUGCUCUUGCCCUUCUUCAAUGAUGUUGUGGGCAUACUUGGAGCAUUUGGGUUCUGGCCCUUGACAGUUUAUUUCCCAGUUGAGAUGUAUAUUUCCCAGAAGAAGAUUGGACGGUGGACAAGCCGGUGGGUUGCCCUGCAGAUACUAAGCUUUGCUUGUCUGCUUAUUUCUCUAGCUGCGGCAGUUGGGUCUGUGGCUGGAGUUGUCCUAGAUCUCAAGACUUACAAGCCAUUCAAAACUAGUUAUUAAGGUAAGGGCUAAGGAGAGAGAGAGAGAGAGAGAGAGAGAGAGAGAUUGCACACUAGGGAUAUCAAUGGAAGCAUAUAUUCAGUGGAAGUAGUGUGAAAGAACUGCAGAUGCUAAGAAUCUAGAGUUCAAAUAAUAAUAUGUACCCCCCUUUGUUCAACAAAUAUAAAACCCAAAAUUAGCUUUCAA